AUGAAUUUGAGAGAACAGAAGCAAAUGCGUCAAAUCACUUUUAUAGCAAUUGUUUUUUCAACUGUUGGCGUUAUUCCUUCAAUUAUUACUCUUCCAUUGUUAUAUGGCUACAUCCAAUCAUUAGAAAGCCACUUGAUGAUGGAAGUGGAUUUUUGCAAAUUAAAUUCAAGAGAUAUGUGGUCAAAAAUUGCAAUUCUUCAAAAAGAUCAUCAAAGUUCCGAUCGAAAUAAGAGAAAUUGGUUUUAUGGACAAUGGAUACCAGAUGACAGCAUUCUCGACACUUACUACAUUCAUAAUGGUGGAUAUUAUAACCAAAGGAUUGGCCAGUUUUACACAAAUCAGUUAAUGACGGAAUGCUGUAUUUGCCAUCAAGGAUCAGCAGGACUGCCUGGUCGUGCUGGAGAUGAAGGCAUGCCUGGAACAGAUGGACGACCAGGUAAAAACGGAAAGAAUGGAAAAGAUGCUAGCACAGUUCCAGAAAAACAAAAAGAACUUUGCAUGAUAUGCCUUCCUGGACCCCAAGGAAACACUGGAGUUCGAGGUCUCAGAGGGUCACCAGGACCAAGAGGAACGCAAGGAGAACCAGGCAAAGAUGGGAUUGGGGGUGAAAAUGGUGUUCUUGGAGAGUUCGGACUAAAGGGGCAACAAGGACGUCCCGGAAGAAAGGGGGAGAAAGGAGCGCCUGGGCAUGUCCUUCGUAGAUCAGGAUCACAAGGUCCUGAAGGCCUCAAAGGGAGAGUGGGUCAACCGGGUUUACCAGGUUUGCAAGGUCUCAAUGGCGUGUUUAACAGUGGAGCAGUUGGUGAAGAAGGUGAUGCUGGUCGGAGUGGACCGGAAGGACAACCAGGCCUACCUGGACCACGCGGUCCGCCGGGUCUCGAUGGCAAAGAUGGAAAUUGUAUUCAUUGUGCUAGUAUCUUCCUUCAUUCAUUUCGCUAA